AUGCCGGAUCGAGCACUUUUGAAAGCUCCAGACCUCCAGGCGAACGAAGUGCAGUUUGAUCAGGGGCGCAGGGGCCGGCAGCUGAAGAUCAACGCGAGGUGGACGCUAGCCCCGCUAGGGGGUCACUGGGGUGUAAGCGAGGAACUCAGAUUUGCGCUCAAUAUCUUCGCGCCAGCUUGCAGCCGCACACAAGCAACUUCCAGCUUCGAGGCCGUCUAA